AUGACGAGCCCGUUCUCUAUCUUCCAAAACGGUGAUCUUUGCCUGGAAGCCUCGGUAGACGGCGCACACGGAGCACUGCCGUCGUUGAUUUUUUUGGAAUCUCUUCUUUCCUCCGUCGUGCGAGUAAGUUCUCGGGCGGGCGGCAGAGCAAGGACUAAGGAGCAAGCGUCGGUGCACUGUCUCUCUCCAUGGAAUGAAGAGGAAAAAUUGCGCUCCCUAGCUGCUCUCCACCCAUGGAUAGAGGGGGUCUCGUCCUCCAAUUUGGGUACCGCAACGACUUUGUAUCCCCCUUCCGCCACUACGGUUGCCGGUGGUUGUGAGGAUGCGUGCAGCUUCCCUGGUCGCUUGGGCAGGGAGGAGUCCUUCUCGCUGGAUGAUGCCGCUGUGGAGAGUGUGGUGCGUGGGUCUUUCUGGAGGGCGUGUAGCGGCAACGGAGGCCGGGACACCAAUGAACUGGGUCGUGUAGCGGAGGAGAGCACGCUGGAUACACGACGACUGCAUAGCAGGGUGCAUGGACUGUGUCGAUUAUUGCAGCAGCGCCGUGAGGAACGUGCAUACACACCCAAAACGCCUGUCGCGAAGUCGACUGGAUUGAGAGAGAUUCAAAAGCGUAGAAACGCAAGCGAAGAGAGUGAGAGGUUGGAUACGAGGCGUAUGUUUGAUGUCAUGACGGGGUCGGCAGAGGGGCGUUCAGUCCAGGAUUUUGGUCAUGGCGGCACGGAGCCCUUUCUGGUGGGUCUUGUCUGCCGUGAACCGUCUGGCGGGUCAACGCGGCAUGCUCUCUCCGUGCGCCCGUUUGUCACAACGGGUCUAACGGCUCUUUCCGGCGAAGUUGGCGAUGGCUUAGUGAGGGGUGAUUUGGGAACCGAGGAACACACGGAAGAACCGGGCGAAAGCUCGUUUAGCGUGAUGUUAAUAGAGGUGGAAAUGGACAGGCUGGAUUCGGAGGAGUUGCAGAUAUCUGCCGUGUGGCAAACGCUCUUGUCAGUCGUUGAUUUUGUGUACGCUGCUGCAUCCGCCUCCAUCAUUGCCCGUGUCGCGUCCUCAAUGAAUGGUGUGUACUGUGCGGCUGUUGCAGCCCCAGGCUUUAGGCACUUUGGUGUUGGAUGUGGCGCUCGGCCAGUGAUGCCUCCCUCCUUUUUUUAUAGUCUUGUGGGAGGAGAGGCCCCAGCAAUGAGUAUGAACCUGUGCUCUGGAAAGGCGCAUUGCGUUAGUGACAUUCACGCUGUGUUGGCGCAGCUGAUGCUGACGCAGGAGUUGCGGGCGGUAACGUGUUGUCGGGAUCCGCUUCAGUGGUCCAUGCUGUUAACGCACACAUGGCUUCUCACUAAGGGGGCGCAGGGCGUGGCCGCAGUUUUUUCCUUGCAAAAAAGGAUGGGCAAUGCCAUCACUGCGGCUGUGGAUAUGUUUGUGGCCACCGCAGAAGGUGUGCUACUGGCCAUGUACGCCAUGGAGCCACUUCCACCCUUGUCACUUCGCGGGGAUGCCAUCGGCACAGUGACCGUUUUUCCGCGAGACUUAGCUCUGGAAGACGUGCUGCACAUGGCCCAUCAAGUGGCGUUGUUGGCCUUUGAUACGGAUGUUGUGCCUUGCGUGUUUGAUGGGCGGCUCACUCCACGACAUGCCGCACUUCAGGACGCGUACUGCGGUUGCCGCUACCACAUUGCCCGCGACGCGUUGAAUCGGGCGUGUAAGUUGGCGUCAGAAUCCCUAAAGGAACGCCUGUGUGCGUUCGCAGCCCAUGCCGCCACGCAGGCGCUGCAGCAGUCGCCUGUGAGGAUAGUCUCCAUGCUGGGUUCAGCUUGUAGCGAGGAUGGGUCAGGGGCUGUCUCCCUUGUUGAUGUCAUUACGGAAGCCACGCAGUGGAUCCACCACUUUCUCACGGCACCGCUCAUUUCCCACUAUGGGGUGCAGGACGGCACCGACACAAACCAUGCGGCUGUAGCGGCAGCAACAGGGGGUGGGUGCGGUCAUCGACACAGUCUCCCGUGUCGCAUGGUGGAGAGCCCCAUUAUUGCAGCCGCGGCGCCCAACGCAAAGGCUGUUGUGCUGUCGGAGUACUUGGAGCAGACAUUGCUUCCUGCCCUAUUGGGGGCUGCGCGAGAGCGUGAGUCUGUGGUUCAUGCGCAGGAACGCCGUGCAUCGGAGACGCGUGAAGCACUACUGGUUGCGGAAGAUAACUACCUGCAGCUUCAGCAGCGAUUGGAGCAGGCUAAGGCUCAACUGGAGCAUCAACGUGGGGUGCUGCAGGAGGCAAAGCGGCACAGCAGUGUCCUCCGUACGCAACUCCACGCGUGCUGCAUGUGUUUGCGGAAGUUGGUGCAAACAUGCGUUGGGUACGAGGAGACGCACGGCCAUUUCACACGUCAGACACGGUUCCAGCUAAAGCACGGGGUUGUCAUGAGUGAUGCCGCUCCUGUGUCUGAUUUCCCACCAGAGGGUCCACGUCAACGCGAGGCAAUGAUGGAUAUGGAUGCCCUCGUGACGACACCACCAAAGGAUGCUGCCAGUGUAAAUGCGGCCAUAAAAAGCCGGGAACUGACGAUGCCCUUGAGUGCUGAGGAUGACAGAGUUAAUAACGACGCUUCAGCAGCAGUAGCAGUGGCGGUACCCUUAUCUACCUCCUCCUCGUCGUGCGAGCAAGUGGAACUCCUAAAAAGAUUGCUUCGCGACGCACACCAGCAGCUGAGGGCUAGCCACAACGUGUUGCUCUAUCUCUACGAAGAGGCCCACGAGACCCUUCAUCAAAUGAGCGCCGAUGGUGGUGAUGUCGGCCUUGACGAUUCCCGUCAGUUCCUCCUCUCUGCCUCGCCGCGGACUGCGCGCAAUACGACGCCUGUGCGACGCUUAGGCCGGUCUGUGAGUGACGUAGCGAGUGAAGCAGUCUCUGCGGAGAUCUUCGAGCGUACGCCAAGGAGGUUUGCAGCCGGAAUGCCUGAGACCUCGCACCAGGAGCUGUAUCUGGGGGAAAGCAGCCAACUGGCGGUGGUGAACACCUCAGCAAAGUCAUCACCGUCGCCUGGCCUCAGUGGAAUUCACUAUGCGCUGCCAAACACGGAUGUUGGCCCUACGGAUCAGAUGCCUUUGCCUCAGAAGCCGCAGCGGGACGGUGGUGAGGAAAAAGCUUGGCAUCAUUACACGCCGGUUUCCGGAUGGUCGACGGCAGUAGUAUCCCUGCUCCCCACACCGGACCGCGGUGUGACCUCCGCCGUGGAGGCCAUCGCCGACCUGCAGCGUCAGCGGCAGGAGGCCGCAGAAGCCCUCACUCGACUAGAGAAGCAGUAUGAGGCGGUGAAUAGGCAAUUGGAGGAACGGGACGCCGCACUCAUGGAGGCGCAGAGCAAACACAAGGCGGAGGAGGAGCGGUGGGGUGCCGAACGAGAGGCACUCCUGAGUCGACUCCGCGCAGCUGCGGGGGAGACGUAUAUGGCAGAGAAGGCGUGCAAGGCGCAUCAGCAGGAAGUGCAGCAUUGGGCACACUCAUGGGCGGAAAUGAUGGACGUAGCUGAGGCUGAAGCGAACAAUGCGCUCCUCGCGAACGCCGGUGUGCACACGCUCGCAGUGUUGGAUGAUGUCGAUGUCGAUGAUAGUGACAAAACGGGGGAGGAUGGAAAACAUAUUAGUGGGGAGCGUGACACGACGCCAAUCCGCGUGACGACCCCAGAGGAGGCUCUCGCCUGUGGAAAACGGCGGCUCCGCGGUCUCAUGGUACGGGUAGAAUCCACUGCACGCGAGCGUGCUAGCAACGUGGCGGAGCGACACACCGCAGUCUUGCAGAGGGAACUUGAACGCGCGCGAGAGCAGGCUCGCAAGGAGGAGCUGCAAAAGCAGGCUGAUACCACCGCCACGCUUCGUGCGGCUGAGGGAUUGGCGCGCACGGCAGAGGAAGCGGCCCACCUGCGGGAAGCCCUUGCAGCUGCGACGGAACGAGAAGGCCUUCUACGGCUGGAUCGAGAUGAGCUUGCGGUGCAGAAAGAAGACGUGUGGCGUCGUCUUCAUUGCAUGGAGGAGGCUUACGUGGCAUUACUCAAUAUGUGGGAGGAAGCCGUGGUGCCUCGAUGCGCAGUCCUGCUAUGGCAGUGGGGUGACAUGGUCACAGCCUUCCGUGAAAAAAACGAUGCCCUCAAAGAACAGCUGAGGCAGUCGAAGGCUGAAGCACAAUACCUAGGGGAGGUUCUCCACGUGCAAGCAGACGCUGCUCAACAAAGAGUGGAGGAGGUAGAACGGGUGACAAAGCAGCUGGAUGGACAUCGCAUCGCUCAGUCAACUGCAGAGAAGCGCGUUGCACAGCUGCUUCGACGCCUGGACCAACUGGCCAUGGCCUACGUGGUGUCCUGCAACACAUGGGAACAGGCAAUGGCGCGGCGGUGCGAGCUCCUCCUUGAGACGUGGGAGUAUAGCUUACGUUUCAAUAUUUCACGACCACGGUGCGAGUGGACGUCGGGUGAGGCGCCUUGGUUGCGGGAGGCGGAGCCGCAUGACCCAUGUGGGCUGUUUCAUGAGCUACAACAAAAGCGCCGCCGCAUUGCGGAGCUGGAGGAGGCUCUGCGUCAAAACAAAGUCAGGUGUGAAACACUGGAGGAGGCGGUGGCGCAGCUGAACGCACUUCUUAUGGCCCAGCGAGAGCUUGGCAUGGCGCCGCCGCCGUCCCCGCCGCUCGUCUCGCACGAGUAUGGGGUGUUACCGGCCGCAGACAUGGGAACCACCAACGCGGCUCCUUUAGUGAACGCCUUCUAUACCUUGCCCAAUCGUCUGAGUGACACUGGCGGGGGCGACAUGCACCCACUGUGGGGUGUCGCCGCAGGUUCGCAGUCCGGUGCAAAAAGGCCUUCCGCCGUGUCACUUGAGGAUCUGCUGCAGUUGAACUCGGCGGGGCAUGUGGAGGAUUCCAUGGGGCCGCGACCGCUGAAUUGGUACCUGCAGUCGCUGUCAGCCAUUGAAAGCACCUUGUUGCGUUGA